AUGCGGCCGUUGAACGUCACCCUGUUGCCUCAAGCCCGCACGAUGCCGGCCCUUCUCAGCGCUCGCCGCUACUCGGACCGCUCUCCGCUCUCCGCCCGCUGCCCGCUACGGCCUCCGGCGUCCCUCUACUCUCUCUUUACAGCGGCCAUGGUCGUCUACAACUUUAAGAAGAUCGAGACGGUGCCGACGGCCAAGGACUUCAUCGAUGUGAUCCUGUCCAAGACGCAGCGCAAGACACCGACCGUGGUCCACCCCGGCUACAACAUUGUCAAGUACACGCACAUGAACUACCACGACAAGCUCACUCAGAUCCUGACCGACUUCCCGCGCCUGGACGACAUCCACCCGUUCUACGCGGACCUCGUCAACGUGCUGUACGACCGGGACCACUUCAAGCUUGCCCUCGGCCAGCUCAACCUCGCCAAGCAGCUGAUCGACCGGGUCGGUCGCGACUAUGUCAAGCUUCUUAAGUACGGCGACUCGCUCUACCGCUGCAAGUCGCUCAAGCGCGCCGCCCUGGGCCGGAUGUGCACGGUGAUGAAGCGGCAGAAGGGCGCGCUCGAGUACCUCGAGCAGGUGCGGCAGCACAUGAUGCGCCUGCCCGCUAUCGACCCGGCCACCCGCACCAUCAUCAUCGCUGGCUACCCCAACGUUGGCAAGUCGUCCUUCAUGAACCGGGUCACGCGCGCAAACGUCGACGUGCAGCCGUACGCCUUCACCACAAAGUCGCUCUUCGUCGGCCACUUGGACUACAAGUACCUCCGCUGGCAGGUCAUCGACACGCCCGGCGUGCUCGACAAGCCGCUCGAGGAGCGAAACACGAUCGAGAUGCAGUCGAUUACCGCUCUCGCGCACCUGCAGUGCUGCGUCCUGUACGUCCUCGACAUCUCCGAGGAGUGCGGCCACUCGAUCGCCGAGCAGGUCGCCCUCUUCGACCAGAUCAAGCCGCUCUUUGCAAGAAAGCCCCUCCUCGUCGCACGGGCGUCAAUGAAGAGCAAGCCCCUCGUCGUCGCCGUCAACAAGACGGACGCGCGAGACCCCUCCGACCUCACCCCGCCAGAGGAGGCGCUGCUGCAGACGAUGCGCGACGCGGGCGCGCACGUGGUCUUCAUGUCCACCUUCACCGCUGCGCGCACGUGGUCUUCAUGCGCGCACGUGGUCUUCAUGUCCACCUUCACCGAGCAAGGCGUGCAGCAAGUCAAGCAGACCGCGUGCGACCUGCUCCUUGCCCAGCGCGUCGAGGCCAAGCUCCAGUCGUCGCGUGUCGAGUCCGUCAUCGGCCGGAUCCGAGUCGCCGAGCCGCCUCCCUCUGCCGACGGAGCGCCAGCGCGGCGGCAGACCUUCGUCCCCGCCUCCGUCCUCGCGGCACGCGCGGCGGGCAAGGCGGCCGGCGCGGCGGCCGGCGCGGCGGUUGGCGCGGCGGCGCCAGCCGGCGGCGCGGCGGGGUCGAGCACGGAUUUGCCUGAUUUCGAGGCGCCGGCGCCGGCGCGGACGCUUCAGCGCGACCUCGAGGAGGCUGGGGGCGGCGCGGGCGUGUACUCGCUGCCGCUGCAGCGGCAGUGGGAGCUCAAGCGGCCAGAGUGGGCGGAUGACAUGAUUCCGGAGAUCAUGGACGGCAAGAACAUCGCCGAUUUCGUCGACCCAGACAUCGAGGUGCCUCCCCCGGCCUCGUGCUGGGGCCGGUGUCUGGUGCUAAGGGUCUAA